AUGAGGGACUUGCAAAGACGCCAACAGGGAGCGGGGAACAAAACCCUCCCUGAGGCCACCGCGCUCACGAAGAAUCUGCGCACUCCGCAGGCAAAUCUGGCUAAGAUCAAACUUCUCGUGUGCCUCAUAGCCAUUUUACUAAUCUUGCUCAACAUCUUCGGCUCGUCAAGGUGUCGGCACAACAACUGGAAGCUCAGGAUCCCGUUAUGGGCAGCAUACACCCUCUCGAGCUACCUGAUCGCAUACACGCUCGGUCUCAUAACCGAAGCGUCGUUCCGAAACGAGAUGCUACCAGUUUGGGCCAUUUUCUUGAUGAUCUUCUUUGGGAGCUCAGACUCCUACUCCGUCCACAGCCUUGAGGACUGCGAGCGGUGGAAGAACUAUGGUUGGCAAUAUGUGAUCAAGUUCACCGGGGUAAUCAUUUUGUUGUUCAUGUAUGGGAUCACGUCGUGGAUGAUUUCGGUGCUAUUUAUUCUAGGCCUAACGGUGCCGCUCAAGUUCAGUAAUAGAGCAGCAUCUCUCCUUAGUGCGAGUGGGUAUGGCCGACAGAUGACCACCAAAUUGAUCGCUGACUACAUGAGCUCUGAGCACCAGUCGUCAAAGGGCGAUCUCGACCCUUGCCAGAUGAGAGGAUACAACUAUGUUGUGAAAGUGGGAAAGACAAGUUCAACGCCAUUAAAGAAGUUGAAAGAAAGAGAAGCUGCAGCACAAUGGGAUGCGCCGAACUACCGUGAGUCAUUGAAAAUCACUGACAGAGUUGUCACCAUCGAGAAGGUGUGGAAAUGCGAUGGAUGGCUUUUGAGAUCGGACGGUGGGGACAAAGACAGCAAGCUCAAGGAUAUUUGCCUCUCGUUUUCGCUCUAUAAGCUUCUUUGUUUAAGAUUUGGCGGCCAUUCAUUGCCCAAACAAGCUCAUGAAAAGCUGUGGAAGUUGAUUCAGCACUUGUAUGCCGGAGGAAAAGGCUACGAGCGAGCAUUUAGGGUCGUUGAGCUAGAGCUUUCCUUUCUUUUCGAUUCUUUCUACACCAAAUACCCGAUCAUCUUCAUGCCAACCGGUUGGACAAUAAAGGUUAUAGAGCUCUUACUUAUGGUCACUGGUUCUCUGCUGACGAUUGGACUUUGUUUCCAGUACAACUCAAAUAGACAUAAAGAUGAACUUCAACUGGCUACUCGAGGCGGGUGGAGCAUCGACGUUCUCGUGACGGCACUAAUUCUAAUAGUAUUUACAUGUGGGGAGCUUGUGCAGUUUUUCUUCAUGGCCAUCUCGGAGUGGGCAAAAGUGUCAUUGCUAUGCAAUUAUGUACAAAAUCCCUCGUGGCACAAGAACAAACGGAUCGAGAAGGUGAUAGGACUAAUAUGCCGGACGCAGUUACUGAAGCCUUGGGAAAGGAAACUUCGCCAAUACUCGCUUCUCGAGUCGUAUGAUUACAACCCUCCGAGGUGGCUAUACAAUUCCUUCACAGUUAUGUUUAUUGAUCUUAUAAGGGACGGUCAAAAACACAGCGCCCCCGCCAAUCUGUCCUCGGAAGUGAAAAAAGCCGUUGUCCGUUCUUUAAUGUCGAAUCCCGAGACACUGAAGAAUGGAGAAGCUUCUUUGAGACGAAACAAUGUGGCAGAUAAGUUUGCGUGGGCAUGUAGGCUCGAGAUGCAAACUCAAGUGAUAAUUGUGUGGCACAUCGCCACAAGUAUUUUCGAGCACUCGGUGCCGAUAUCAUAUUUGAUUUCAGAUCCGGACUACCUUACGGCGACCAGCUUAUCCAAAUAUCUCGCUUACUUGGUAACGUUCUAUUCGAACUUAUUACCUGAUCACCCUCACAAUUCAGAGUAUGCUUUCAAUGAAAUCAUUAUCGAAACAAGAUGCUUGCUCAAAGCCUGCAAGACAAGAGAAGAAAGAAUCCGAACAUUGAACAGGAUCAGUAAUACAAUGGAUAAUAACGGUAGAGUGAUAAUGCAGGGCGCGUAG